AUGACGAACGUCACAUCAUCCUCAAGGGCACGAAAGAAGGGCGACACCGUCGUCGCCCACCUGAGCCUGUACAAACGCUCGUACAGAAACUCGGAGCUGUUCCUCUUCACGAGCGAGGCGGAGAUCGAGGGUCAGGAGAGGCUGGACGAUCGAUAUCCCAUCGCCAUGCCAUUGGCCCGCCGCCUGCUGACCAAUCUCAUAUCACGGUAG